AGCUGUUCGAACAAUUCUGCAUUUUCUGAGGAACUGGAAUUAGGUUUUCUUGGAACUGUAGUGCGUAGCGGAAGGUGGGGCCGAUGUUUUCUAUCUAUCUGCUCUAUCAAUGCGUGGCUCAGUUUCUAGGUCCUAUCCCAACUCCGCCUCCCGGGAAGCAGAGGCGGAGAACGGCUGCGUCGUUUGGGGGACCGCAGCCACAUGUUCACUCGGACUGUGUUGCGGCCGGGUCCUCCGCCUUACGAGCUCCACGCCCAUGGUGGAUUUCGUGCCGACGGAAACUGGGGUGGCGGAGGGGGGAUGCUCAAAGAGGAGCGCAGAGAUGGCAGCCUGGGCUGCGCUUGUGUCUGCAGACGUCCGCCGCCCGUGUAGUGGGCAACUUUGCCCUAGAGCCAGCCAGCGUGUCCCGCUUUCUUAACUGCUUCCAAACGAGGGGAGUGACGGGGGCUGGCGGACGCUGGAGAGACAGGAGAGCUUCAGGUUCCAGUGGUCCCCUUUCACCGCCGUGGCUCAUUUAUUCGUUUAGCAAAUAUUGGACGAGUCAUUCUGCCUCGGUUUCCUCACCUGAAGAAAUAAGAUAUAACUACCCUCCGCGGAGUGGAGGUGAGAGAUCAAUGAGAUGUUUGUGAAAGGAAAGCCUUUAGCGCCUGGCACGUAGUAAGAGCUUAGUAAGUGUAAGCAUCGUUAUUGAUUAAAAAAACAAAAACAAGACAUUAAUUAGGCGCCUGGUAGAUGCUAGGCACAGUUCCCACGGGGGAUCAAACAAGACAUUAAUUAGGCGCCUGGUAGAUGCUAGGCACAGUUCCCACGGGGGAUGUACCGGUUAGAACCCAAGUCUUCCCGGGUGCGAAGGGAAACGUGCCGCCUACGACCCGCAGGGGUCUCCAGACGCAACCCGUGGGUGGACCCUGAGCCCCACCCACGGCGCCUGUCCCCUGGGCCCGCGCGCGGGUGCAGUGGGGGGCCCUGAGGAAGCAGACCACCCCGAGAGCUCAGCUUGGACUGGGGAACGCUCCUCCUCACACGAGUUCGGGUCCCUUUUCUUUGCUCGGUAAAUUCCACCCUGUCGCUUUAAGGAGUCUUUCGCCUCAGAGCUGUGGAAAGCCCGGAUGCGACUUUCUGAUUGGGCGGGGCGUCUCAGUGACUUCACUUGAGGUACAAAAGGGCCCGGGUGGCGGGCGCCGGGGUAGAGCGUCCUGGCAGCGUCUCAGCGUGGGUUGGCUUGUAAAGAGAGGCGUGAACGAGCGCCUUGUCCAGUGUGCACCUGCCACCUGCCCUGCCCAGCCGCGUGUCCCCGCCGCCUUCGCCCCUCCGUCAAGCAGCUAUGGAAGUGCAGAAGGAGGCGCAACGCAUCAUGACCCUGUCGGUGUGGAAGAUGUACCAUUCGCGCAUGCAGCGCGGUGGCCUGCGGCUGCACCGGAGUCUGCAGCUGUCGCUGGUCAUGCGCAGCGCCCGGGAGCUCUACCUCUCGGCCAAGGUGGAAGCCCAGGAGCCCGAGGUGCCCUUGCCGCCCGCCCGCUCCCCUGACCCUUGCCUGCACCCGCCGCGGGAAGCGGAAGCCGCAGCAGAGGUAGCGCCCUGCGACGGUGAGCAGCCCUCUCCGGAGCCCAUGGACACGCAGGAGACACCGAGAGCGGAGGAGACCCCUGCCCGCAGUGCCCAGCGCCCCGCCAAAGUCAGCCGCAAGCGGCGGAGCUGCAGCCUGAGCGACGGUGGGGACGCUGCACUGGUCCCGAGUAAGAAAGCGCGCCUAGAAGAAGAGGAGGAGGAGGAAAGGGCCUCUUCGGACGUCCUUGAUCGCCUGCAGCCCCCUCCGGCGCAAGCGGAGGGCGCCUUCCCCAACCUGGCGCGUGUCCUGCAGAGGCGCUUCUCUGGCCUCCUGAACUGCAGCCCCGCCGCGCCCCCGACGGCGCCGCCGGCGUGCGAGGCGAAGCCGGCUUGCCGCCCGGCGGACAAUAUGCUGAACGUGCUGGUGCGGGCCGUGGUGGCCUUCUGAGGGUCCGUGAGCGGCGCUACCAGAGCGCGGGCCGAACCGUAGGCCAGAGUGAGCAGACCCAAGGCGAGGCCCACCCCCGGGGGAGCGCCCGUGGAAACCGUGGAGAGGGGCAGCCGCCCUGGCUGCUGAGAUGCCCUGAGAGGGACUCUACCCACGGGGUGCCGUCGCCACCUGUGUGCAGCGGCGACACCAAGAAACCUGAGCCGGGGGCGCGGGCGUCUUCCCCCAGACCUGCCGCGCCCACAGGUGCUGUCUUAACGGACUGGGAUAUGGACCUUACGCUCUCCUUCUGGGACUUGGAGAAGGGAGCUUUGGUUCUUUAAACUCCUCAGGGUCGUACUUUAUUUUUUACUGGGGGCUGUGCUGCCCUUUCAAGGUUUUUCAAUAGUUGGUGUUUGCGUUUCCAACCUCAGAGAAUUCCAGGCACUCCCCUUCCCCCUCCAGUGACAUACUUGUGCAAGCGGUCAUCGUUGCGUCAUGGGCAGACGUGGGGAGCUUCCUGUUGCCUUGCGUGGGUGUGAGGCCUGGGAGGAGGAUCUGGGGUGUGGACGCCCAGGGGAAUGGGAGGAGGGCGGCCUGAGUCGCUUCGCCUCCGCGUGGUGUGGGUUAUUGCCCCGAGCCCCUACGCCUUCGGGGGCAGAGGGCAGAUCUAAUUUCAGGUUAAAAUUUUUCUCAUCUGGUGUGUGAGAGGUGGGAAUAUGUUGACAGUCUCAAGCUUGAGCCUCCCUCAGACCAACAGACACAGUCAACCCAGACGUUCCUGGUCUGAAUCACGGAAAUGGGGGGAGGGGGUUGUUCAGAGCGCUGUAAAGCUGAGCUGGGAUCAGUUGCUGGUGAGACUGGGCCAGUUUUGGGGGAGGGGGGUUCUGUUUACCUUUACUGUGGUGGAUUCUGUUAACUCCAUCUGUCUGGCCUUUUUGCUAGAAAUGCCAGAUAGGAAAAUAAAGAACAUUUGAAGAAA